UUAUGGAAGCCUCGACGUCCAAUUCGUCUUCUGCAAUUCGGUCAUGGAGGACGACCUUUUUGACCUUGAGGGACGAAGUGCAGACCUCUCCAACUGCCACCACCGUCAUUGAUCUCCUUAAUCGUUUUAUUUUCGCUCAAUCUGAAACCCUGAUUGCUGCUGCCCCCAAUCUCCCUGUCCAUGAGGUCACCUCUGACGCGAUGUUUCUUGUGGAAUUGGCUCGGACCAUAUCGAAUUCCAGAGGGGACGAUGAUGCACUUAAUGCAUUGGUGCAGCUAUCCAACUUGUUCCAGAACUUCAACCAUCUUAUUUCAUUCAAAAUGACAUCGUCAACAUGGGGUCUUGUACUUCGCACCUUUGGAGGAAUGGUGGAAAUGUUUCUUGGUUCAGCUGGAAUAAGGCAAGAUCCUUCAGGGAAUAUUGCUGUCACUGAAGCCACAAAGCAGUGCCUAGAGAUUGUUAGGUCUCUUGUUGAUGUUAAUCAGAGAACAAUCAUAUUAUCGGACAAUGUGCAACUGUUGGACUUUCUUCUCAAAACAGUUUCAUUCUCUCAAAAUGUUCUAGCUCCAUGCUUUUCAAGUGGCAUUCAAGGUUGCGCUCCUGAAUCUCGGAAGAUGAUUCUUCGGAGAAAUAGCUUAUGGGAAAUUCAGACAACCGCUUUUACCAUGAUUAGUGAAAUUCUCUCAAGAGUUGGGACUUCUUUACCAGCUGACCAUUGGCAAUCCACAGUUGAUGCUUUCAGAAAUAUUAUUGAUGUACUGGCAAGUAAGGGUCUGCUCGUGGAAAGCAAUGUAAUGGAUAGGUUUUAUACCUCGCUUCUGCAUUGCCUGCACUUGGUUCUAGUAAAUGCUAAAGGAUCCCUUCAAGACCAUGUUGCUGGUUUUGUUGCUGCACUGAGGAUGUUUAUUGGUUAUGGACUUACUAGUAAAUCGCAAAAUGUCUUACCGGCGGGUGUAUACAAGAAGGAUGCCAAGAUCUCAACCCUUAAUUCUCAUUCUUCUGAAUCCAGUAGUGCUCCCUAUAGGCCUCCACAUGUGCGCAAAAAGAACCAAAAAGGGACGCAGUCAAAAGAUUCCAACUCCUUGAGCAUAUUGGACUGUCCACCUGCAACUAUAGAUUAUAUGUCAUCUGAUUCUGAUUUAAGUGACAGUGAUGGAUCCGCUAAAGGUAUCAGCAAUUACCGAAGCUCUAAGGUUAGAGUAGCUGCUAUAGUUUGCAUACAGGAUCUUUGUCGAUCUGAUCCCAAAUUGUUUACUGCCCAAUGGACGAUACUUUUGCCCUCCAGUGAUGUGCUGCAAGCAAGGAGGUACGAAGCAAACCUGAUGACAUGUUUGCUAUUUGAUCCAUACCUUAAGGCACGCAUUGCAGCUGCAUUUACUUUGGCAACCAUGUUGGAGGGGCCUGCAUCUGUUUUUCUCCAGGUGGCAGAAUACAAGGAAUCUACUAAGUUGGGAUCUUUUACUGCUCUUUCCAGCUCACUUGGUCAGAUUUUAAUGCAGCUUCACACGGGUAUCCUGCAUUUAAUUAAGAAUGAAAAAAAUAAUGGAUUCCUGACCUCCUUGUUCAAGAUUCUUGCCCUCUUGAUCUCAUGUACACCAUACUCAAGAAUGCCUGAUGAGUUGUUGCCUACAGUCAUAUUAAAUCUUCAUGGGAGGAUGGUUGAGGGAUUUCUUACAUAUAAUGAUCAAACUGGGCUGCUGGCUGUUGCUCUAAGUUGCUUAAUGGAUGCUUUAUCUGUCUCGCCUUCUUCGCUCAAAGUGAAUGAAAUGUUAGUAGCGGAACUAUCUACAGGUUCCAACAAUAAUAAAGCAUGUUCUGGUCUUCUUUCUACUUUGUUUCAUUAUUCUCGACCAUUUACAAGCCCAGCUGUUAGCCUUGAGGCUCUCCAGGUUCUUAAAGCUGUGGCACACAAUUACCCAGAUAUAAUGGUUCUUUGCUGGAAACAAGUCUCUUCCAUCAUUUGUGAAUUUUUGGACCCUCUUCUUCCUGAAGGCUCAUCAAGGGCUGGGACAGUAAAUUCUGGACAAACUGUUGGGACAAUUGGGGAAAAAGUUAUAACCAGUGCAAUCAAGCUGCUGGAUGAAUGUCUUCGUGCUAUCUGUGGAUUUAAAGGAACAGAAGAUCUUUCUGAUGAUAAACUACUUAGCAGCCCUUUUACAUAUGAUUACGUCAAAGUAAAGAUGAUAUCAUCUGCUCCAUCAUAUGGACUGGAGAACCAACUAGUAGCUAGCGAUGAUCAUCCAGCUUGUGCGACUGGCAGCCAGCAGUGGUGUGAAGCUAUUGAAAAGCAUUUAUCAUCAACUCUCUUUCAUAGUUCAGCCAUGAUGAGGGCUGCAUCAGUUACUUGUUUUGCUGGAAUAACGUCCAGUGUUUUCGUUUCCCUUCCGGAGGACAAGCAGCAUCAGAUUAUCACUUAUUCUAUCAAUGCUGCUUUUGAUGAUGAGGUCCCAUCAGUAAGAUCUGCUGCUUGUCGUGCCAUUGGCGUAAUUGCAUGUUUUCCACAAGUUUUUAAGAGUGUGGAGAUCCUUUGCAAGUUUAUUAAUGCUGCUGAAGUCAAUAGCCAUCAUUCUCUGGUCUCGGUUCGCAUUGCAGCCUCCUGGGCUUUAGCUAACUUGUGUGAUUCUCUCCGCCACUUUGUUGAUAGAUUUACAUCCACAGGGUCUUCUGGAGAUCUGAUGGAUUGCUCUAGGAUGGUUUCUUUGCUCAUUGAUUGUUCUCUGCGGCUUACAAGGGACGGUGAUAAGAUCAAAGCAAAUGCCGUGAGAGCCCUUGGUAAUCUAUCAAGAUUUGUUCCUUGUUCAAGCCAUGGUCAUGGCAUGCAAGAGUACAAUACAAGCUUUCAUAUAGACACUGAACAUGCUGGAAAGUCUCCAAACCAUGUCUCUGCAGAAACUGAAAGAUGUCUCGUAUCCACUUCAUUUCUGCAAAGAACGUGGGAAGACUCACGUUGGUUGGAAAGAAUGGUGCAGGCAUUUCUUUCUUGCGUUACAACUGGAAAUGUGAAGGUACGGUGGAAUGUUUGCCAUGCAUUGAGCAACUUAUUUCUUAAUGAGACAUUAAAACUGCAAGAUACAGAUUGGGCUCCUUCAGUUUUUAGUAUUCUGUUACUACUGCUCCGCGAUUCUUCUAAUUUCAAGAUCAGGAUACAAGCUGCAGCUGCAUUGGCUGCCCCAGCAACAACACUGGAUUAUGGGGAGUCAUACUCAGAUGUUGUUCAAGGGGUCGAGCACACACUAGAGAAUCUUGGUACAGACCAGAUGUUUGCUCCUUCAAGUUUUAAAUAUAGGGUUGCACUUGAGAAACAGCUAACAUCAACCAUGUUGCACCUCCUUGGGCUUGCUUCAGUAACUCAUCGUCAUCACUCUGUACACGAUUUCCUUAUCAAGAAAGCAUCAUUUCUUGAGGAAUGGCUUAGGUCACUAUGUUUAUCUCUUGUGAACCAAUUCGAAGCUGAACAUGAUUCCACUUGGUACCAAAAGAAAGAGGUAAUAAAUAGAGCGAUACAGUCACUUGUUAAGGUUUAUGAAAGCCAGAAUCAUCAGGCCAUGGCUCAAAGGUUCGAAAAGCUGGUGAACAAAUUAGUGUAAAUGUCAUCCUCUGCUGCUGACGCUCUUAAUGGAUUAUGGGCAUUCAGCCAUAUCUGGUAAGCACUCUUUAGUGGCAUUAGUCACAGGGUGUUGGGUUGGGUGCAGGCCAUGUGGCCAAUAGUGUACUCCACUAGAUCCUGAUCAGUUGGGUGGUUAGAGUCCAUAGAUAUGGAGGUGCAACUGUGCAUUUGCCCAGUUCCCCCUAUCUUACUGUUUGUGUUUCUUAUGCUUUGUUGUAAAAGAGAAGUUCUUGUACAUUUCUAAUUAACAUAUCACAACUUCAAAUA